AUGAGCUCUAUGAAACAGUAUGAGAAGCGACGGCAUGCCACCAUGGCAUGCGUCUCUUGUCGGGAGAGCAAAGUAAAGGUAUUUCCCGCCCCGAUUUCCUACUCCUGGUGUGAUGGCGAUAUACCAUCUUGCUCUCAUUGUGCAAGCAAAAACAAAGAAUGUCUGUAUCAAGCCUUUGAUAAGAGAAAGUUACCUCUUCGUGUCGCAAUAGAGCUACUGAGCUGCCGAGUCCAUCAAUUGUAUCAAUUUAUCCAUGAAAACGGCCUUCGGCCCCCGAAAAUGCCUGAUGAUAAGGAUGCUACCCUGCAAGGAAUUCUCGACACCCUUGGAAUGACAGAGCAAGCCGUCAGUCUAAUACCACCCCCGAAUAAUGCAACCAUUAAGCCGCCAAGUAUGGUCAAGCACGAUGAUUACCCUUUACCUACUUCUACGAUGGCCCCUUUCGAUGUCUCCUCAGAGGGAUUCGGGUGCAGGAGCUUGGAUCAACAACAUACUACUGGUCUGCCCGUAACUGAGCAGGGUAAUUGUUUACCAGAUUCAGGUUUGUCGUCAAUUCCGCAACAUAACGACUCUUCAAUUAUUGCGCUUGAAGGUGAUCAGUCAGCCUUGACAGAAGAUAGCCCGGGCAGUAUUUUCAACGCCUGGCUUUUUGACCUAGACUUCGGUACACACAUUGCAUCCUCUGCAUCCAACAUGCAAGAACAACCACAACAACCACCACAACCUAUCCUGCGUUCUUCACCAAAUGAUGAUCUUACUAUACCACCGACGGCCCAGGCAGGAUCUACCGAACCUGUUUAUAGCGAUAGUGGCUCUACCCUUUUCAAGGAACCGGCCGGCACAUCCGACAUUGAAGGCCUGGUUGACGAGAUCUCCGACCGAGUUGGUAUCUUAAAAAUUGGCCCUGGAGGGAAGACACGCUUUUAUGGCCCAACAUCCACAUUCAAUUUGAGGGAAAUGCCAGUCUCGGACAGUUAUGAAGCUGAUCAACCAAGCUACACCUAUCAUUCUGGGUCAGAGGAAGAAAUCCCUGCGGCUCUAGAAGAUCAUCUUCUCGACCUUUAUUUCAGCUGGCAGGACCCAUCAUUCCAUGUCGUUGAUCGAUAUAUCUACGAAGAAGCAAAAGAAAAGCGGAACAACCUGGAAGAGACUCCUUUCUAUUCGGAGGCACUGCGGAAUGCAAUGUGUGCGCUUGGUAGCGCUUUUGAACCCCGAUACCAUCCGACUAUUAUCACCUUUCCGAAGACGCUUGUUGAGUUUUUUGGCGAUCGCUCGAAGUCAAUACUUGAAACGGAACUAGAUUCUCCUUGUGUCGCAACCGUUCAAGCAAUGGUCAUCUUGAGCAGCCAUGAGGUUGGAAACGGAAAAGAUGCAAGAGGGUGGCUGUAUAGCGAAACCUUACUUGCUACCCAAGGAUCGGCAUUGAGGCUAGCAUUCGAUCUUGCUUUGCACCUUGACAUGUCUAGCUACGUGUCUGCAGGGAUAAUCUCAGCUGCCGAUGCAGACCUUCGCAGGACUGUCUUCUGGGCCGCAUAUAUUGUUGACCACCAAUUAGGUUUCCAUCUAGGUAGACCCUUUCGCACCAGCAUGGAGGAUGUGACAGUUGGAAAGCCCCGUCAAAAUGCAGGUUCCAGAGAGCAUUGCAGAUGGAAACCCUGCGAUUCAUCGUCGUCUGCCAGCCAUGGCUCUGGAUUGCUGGACAGCAAAGACACAAUCAGCCAACAACUUGUUUCCCUCUGCGAGCUGAUGGCUCCAUGCGGGUAUAUCUUAUAUAGUACCUCCAGUAUCUCAAAAGGGACCCUUCAAGAGCUCAAUGCCAAAAUUGUCGCCGAGCUCCGCAAGUGGAAAGCUACCCUUCCACCUAUCUUACAGAUUGAUCUUGACGACGUCACCUCGCCAUACCUUCCGCAUGUGCUGCUUCUCCACAUGCAAUACCACCAGAACAUAAUCUAUGCCCACAGGCCAUGGAUGUCAAAAAGCCACCUACAGCCGCAACCACCAAGAGGACCUGGAUUCACACACGCCCGCGAAAUGUGCAUCCAAUCCGCCAUCACAAUCUCCAAAAUCCUUAACAUGUAUGAGUCUCGCUACACGCUGCGCCGAAUCAACGUACAAGCGGUUUCCAUCACAUCCUCCGCCAUUCUAUUACUCCUCUUCGCCGCCGUCUUGAAUUACCCCUGCCACUCUCGAGACGACAUCUCACUGUAUCUAUCGACAUGUUUCAGAGCAUUGGAUGAGUUCGCUCUUUCCUGGAAAAGCGCCCAGAGAGCAAAGGACCUUUUAGUCGGUUUACAGCGUCAAUGGGAUCUGCGGAUGCGGUCUAACAAACUGCCACAGCGGGCAGACGGGGUAUUGUAUAGUCCGCGGAAACGGUCGAAAACUUCUGGCGGACUUCAUCGGAUGGCGCCUGUUUCCCGUGAUACAGCUUCGCAGAUAGACCUCUAUCUGGAUCCUUUGCUUAUGACAGAGGCGGAAACCCUUUGCGGAAGGAAUAGUCAGGAUAUUUUCCUUUUGGCCCCUGAUGGUGGUGGUUUGAAUGGUCACAGCAGCAGUUAUGUGUCAGACCAAAUCCAAAAUUGGCUGGAUGCGUAA